AUCCAAGUGGAGGAAAAAGAAGAUGAUACUGAGGAAAGUUCAAGUGAAGAGGAAGAGGAGGAGGAAGACAAACUACCUCGAAGAGAGAGCAUGAGACCAAAGAGGAAACGGACCAGAGAUGUCAUCAAUGAAGAUGACCCAGAACCUGAACCAGAGGAUGAAGAAACGAGGAAGGCCAGAGAAAAAGAGAGAAGGAGGAGGAUGAGGAGAGGAGAGGAAGAAGAAGAAGAAAUCGAUGAAGAGGAAUUGGAAAGAUUGAAGGCAGAGUUAGAUGAGAAUAGACAAAUGAUUGCUACUGUCAAAUGCAAGCCUUGGAAAAUGGAAAAGAAGAUUGAAGUUCUCAAGGAAGCAAAAAAAUUUGUGAGUGAAAAUGAAGGGGCUCUUGGGAAAGGAAAAGGAAAACGGUGGUUUGCAUUUAAGAUGAUGAUGGGCAAGAAAUGGGCAAAAUUUCUCCGUGAUUUUGAGAACUUCAAAGCUGCUUGUGUCCCCUGGGAAAAUAAAAUCAAGGCAAUUGAAAGUCAGUUUGGCUCAUCAGUGGCCUCAUAUUUCCUCUUCAUGAGAUGGAUGUAUGGAGUAAAUAUGGUUCUCUUUAUCCUGACGUUCAGCCUUAUCAUGUUGCCAGAGUACCUCUGGGGUUUGCCAUAUGGCAGUUUACCUAGGAAAACGGUUCCCAGAGCUGAAGAGGCAUCAGCAGCCAACUUUGGUGUGUUGUAUGACUUCAAUGGAUUGGCUCAAUAUUCCGUCCUCUUUUAUGGCUAUUACGACAAUAAACGAACAAUUGGAUGGAUGAAUUUCAGAAUGCCACUAUCCUAUUUUCUGGUGGGGAUCAUGUGCAUUGGAUACAGCUUUCUGGUUGUCCUUAAAGAGAUGACCAAAAAUAUUGGUGAUGACGGAGGUGGUGACGACAACACCUUCAACUUCAGCUGGAAGGUGUUCACCAGCUGGGACUACCUGAUUGGCAAUCCUGAAACAGCAGACAACAAAUUCAAUUCUAUCACAAUGAACUUUAAGGAAGCUAUAAUAGAAGAAAGAGCAGCCCAAGCAGAAGAAAACGUCCACUUGAUCAGAUUCCUGAGGUUUCUUGCUAACUUCUUCGUGUUUCUAACACUUGGCGGGAGUGGAUACCUCAUCUUUUGGGCUGUGAAGCGAUCCCAGGAAUUUGCGCAGCAAGAUCCUGACACCCUUGGGUGGUGGGAAAAAAAUGAAAUGAACAUGGUCAUGUCCCUCCUGGGGAUGUUCUGUCCAACAUUGUUUGACUUAUUUGCUGAAUUGGAAGACUACCAUCCCCUCAUCGCUCUGAAAUGGCUCCUCGGACGCAUUUUUGCUCUUCUUUUAGGCAACUUGUAUGUAUUUAUUCUUGCCUUGAUGGAUGAGAUUAACAACAAGAUUGAAGAGGAGAAGCUAGUAAAGGCCAAUAUUACUCUAUGGGAAGCUAACAUGAUCAAGGCCUACAAUGCAUCACUCACUGGAAAUACCACUGGGCCACCCUUUUUUGUGCACCCUGCAGAUGUACCUCGAGGACCCUGCUGGGAAACAAUGGUGGGGCAGGAAUUUGUGCGGCUGACCGUUUCUGAUGUUCUGACCACCUACGUCACAAUUCUCAUUGGGGAUUUUCUCCGAGCAUGUUUUGUGAGGUUUUGCAAUUACUGCUGGUGCUGGGAUUUGGAAUAUGGAUAUCCUUCAUACACCGAAUUUGACAUCAGUGGCAAUGUCCUCGCUCUGAUCUUCAAUCAAGGAAUGAUCUGGAUGGGCUCCUUCUUCGCUCCCAGCCUCCCAGGCAUCAAUAUCCUUCGGCUCCACACAUCCAUGUACUUCCAGGGCUGGGCUGUGAUGUGUUGCAACGUUCCUGAGGCCAGGGUCUUCAAAGCUUCCAGAUCGAAUAACUUCUAUCUGGGAAUGCUGUUGCUCAUCCUCUUCCUGUCCACCAUGCCCGUCCUGUACAUGAUCGUGUCCCUCCCACCAUCUUUCGACUGUGGCCCCUUCAGUGGCAAAAAUAGGAUGUUUGAAGUCAUUGGAGAGACACUGGAACAUGAUUUUCCAAGCUGGCUGGCAAAGAUCUUGAGACAGCUUUCUAAUCCCGGAUUAGUUAUUGCUGUUAUUUUGGUUAUGGUUUUGACUAUCUAUUAUCUCAAUGCUACUUCAAAAGGCCAGAAGGCAGCAAAUCUGGAUCUAAAAAAGAAGAUGAAACAGCAAGCUUUGGAGAACAAACUGCGAAACAAGAAAAUGGCAGCUGCACGAGCAGCUGCAGCUGCUGGAGGCCAGUAA